UCACCGAAAUUUCAAACAUCUCCAGUCAACGGUCUCCAAUAUCUUCCAACUUCCUCCAGCUCUCUCCCUCUCUCCGAUUCUUAAACCCCCAAAAAUCCCAAUCUUAGGGUUUUCAAUUCCCGAAAUGUUACUAAAAUUGAUCUCAUUUUCAUUCUUUUUCAUCUCAGUUUCCUUAUUUUCAGUAGAAGCAAGAUGCACCAAAGGCUGCGAUGUAGCCGUAGCAUCGUACUACGUUUGGGACAAUGCAAACUUAACCUUCAUGUCGGAGGUUCUUAACUCGAGCCUUGUACCUUUCUCGACAACUAAUUUCGACACAAUCCUCGCUUACAACAAACAAGUUGCCAACAAAGACAGCGUCGAUGCUUCUACUAGACUCAACAUUCCGUUCCCUUGCGAUUGCAUCAACGACGAAUUCCUCGGCCAUGUGUUCCAAUUCAAAGUUAGGCCACGUGACACUUACGACAGGAUAGCCACCGUGUAUUAUUCGAAUUUGACGACGGUUGAAUGGUUGCAGCAGUUUAAUAGCUAUCCGCCUACUAAUAUACCAGAUACUGGGACGGUUAAUGUGACGGUGAAUUGUUCUUGUGGUGAUGCUGCGAUUUCGAAGGAUUACGGGUUGUUUAUUACGUACCCGCUCCGACCCGAGGAGACUUUAGAUACUGUGUUGACUCAGACGAAUCUAUCAUCUGAUUUAUCAGGGUUGGUGCAGAGUUACAAUCCCCAGGCGAAUUUCAGCGCAGGGACCGGCUUGGUGUUUAUUCCGGGCAAAGAUGACAAUAAUAGUUUUCGACCACUGAAAUCAAGCACAGGAAUUUCCGCUGGAGUUAUUGCUGGGAUAUCUGUAGCAGCAAUAGCAGUAUUGCUGUUGCUGGCAGUUGGUCUAUAUAUUAGAUUUUUCCGAAAGAAGGUAAAGGAAGCAACAUUACUUUCAGCAGCCUCCCAAGAUCCAUCUGUUCAAGCUGGGAAUGUUUCUGGAAGUAAAGAAGCACAAUCAACUGUGGUCAUUGCCGCUUCUCCUGGCCUUACUGGCAUUACUGUAGACAAAUCAGUUGAGUUCUCAUAUGAAGAACUUGCCCAGGCGACUGAUAAUUUCAGUAUGGCUAACAAGAUUGGUGAAGGUGGCUUUGGGGCUGUUUUCUAUGCAAACUUGAGAGGCGAGGAAGCUGCAAUCAAGAAGAUGGAUAUGCAAGCAUCCAAAGAAUUUCUAGCUGAAUUGAAGGUUUUAACACAUGUUCAUCACCUGAACCUGGUGCGCUUAAUCGGAUACUGUGUUGAAGGCUCUCUUUUCCUAGUUUAUGAAUACAUUGAGAAUGGCAAUCUUAGUCAGCAUUUGCGAGGCUCAAGCAGGGAGCCACUUCCUUGGUCUACUCGAGUGCAAAUUGCCCUUGACUCAGCCAGAGGUCUUGAAUAUAUCCAUGAGCAUACUGUCCCUGUUUACAUUCACCGUGACAUUAAAUCAGCUAAUAUAUUGAUAGACAAAAAAUUCCAUGCAAAGGUUGCAGAUUUUGGAUUAACAAAAUUGACUGAAGUUGGAAGUGCAUCACUACCCACACGUCUUGUUGGAACGUUUGGAUACAUGCCACCAGAAUAUGCUCAAUAUGGUGAUGUUUCUCCUAAGGUAGAUGUAUAUGCCUUUGGGGUUGUGCUCUAUGAACUUAUCUCUGCUAAAGAAGCUAUUGUCAAGGAAAAUGGCUCUGUUGCUGAAUCGAAGGGUCUUGUUGCUCUGUUCGAGGAUGCUCUGAAUGAGCCCGAUCCUAAAGAAGGGCUUUGCAAACUUAUUGAUCAGAGGCUUGGAGAUAAUUACCCACUUGACUCUGUGUUCAAGAUGGCUCAGCUAGCCAAAGCUUGUACACAAGAAAAUCCUCAACUACGACCGAGCAUGAGGUCUAUAGUGGUUGCCCUCAUGACUCUCUCGUCGUCAACAGAGGAUUGGGAUGUUGGUUCUUUCUACGAAAAUCACGCUCUUGUCAACCUCAUGUCAGGACGAUAGAGAGAAUGCAUUGCAAAGGUAUUUUUGUUGCGAAUUACACUACAGCCAUUUCCAGAUGUUUGUAAAUGUAAUCGUUGAGAUUACUUCUUGAUAUGUCGCAUGAAAUCAUUAUUUUUUAAAAAAAAAAUUACAUACAAGACGCAUUUUUUUGCUAGGUGUUCUUCAAAUAUCCGAUGAAAAUAAAAUCAAUGUAACUAUAGGAAAAUUGAUAUAUGUACUACUGAUUUAAAGUAUGGAAUUUCUUUUAUUAUA